AUGACGGCAUACCAGAAAAUGACUUUGAGGGUCAUUCUCACGGAGGAGGAUAUAAGAAAGGUCAUCCUGAAUACGAGGCCUGCUACAGUGGAGGAUUUGAUGAGCCAGAUUAAAGAAUCACUGGGACUACAUUACAACUGCUGUCUCCAAUUAAAAUAUCCUGAAUUCAAUUAUCAACUAUGCAAUCUGACAGAUAUGGAAGAACUUCCAGAAAAAACAACAAUAAAAGUCAUCCCUUUACUUGAGCUGGUACCUCUCUCAACAUCUGAUGAAAUCUUGAGUGACACAACAAGUACAGCAGACACAGAUAUCCUCUCAACAUAAUCUCAGGAGAGACGGAAACAGUGGCCAGAAUUAUUUGAUAUCCCACAGUUUUCUGUUGACGUAGUAGAGUAUAGACUUAGGCAAGCAGAUCUGCUGUGUCUUUGUGAUGGCACAUUCCUAAAAGUAACAAAAGAGCUCAAACAUGAGAUCCUUGAAAAAUUGGCAGAGAGCAUGUAUAGCUACACAGCAUACCCAAAUAAUGCUCAGUUCGAAAGUGUUGCACUGAUAAGCAAGCACCCAAGUCUCCAGGAACGAGGCUCAACCAGUCGCUGUAGUGGUUGGAAAAAUAGUCUAAAAUAUAAAAUGGCCAAUUACAGAACAAAACGCAGAAGAUCAGGAUGCCUUGAUGUUGCGGUGAAUGCGGGUAAACGAGGACGCCAUUCAGCAGAAGGAGCACCAGCUAACAGGAAAAUUAAGAAGGCAAAGAAGGGAGAACUCAAUUUCUUACCCAAUUUUCCAGAUGGAUUUGAUCAGCCAGCCCUCGAGGGUGCCCACAAAGACUUGGUAGAUGAAAUGCAGAAGAGAACACCAAAUGGAAGUCUUGUGAAACAGAAGAUGGACCUGACGUUUGCAUUGAGAAGAAAAGAGGUGGUGGAGUCUGAACCUGCCAUAAGCGAGAUGAUGGAACGCUGGCCUGCCCUUUUCACAGAAGAUCAG